AAGUUUAAGACUAAAAAAUACUGCAAGUAAAUACGACUUUGUUUAUCUUUUUGAAUCAUGAGAUCAAUCACUUGGUUUAUAGUUUUCUGUGUUUUCAUGUUCAUCGCUUUAAACCAUGUUAAAGGACAAGUGAAACCAACAGGAUGUCAAGGUGGACAAAGGUACCGUGGAAAAUGUGGCACUAACGGAACCAAGACGAAUUAGCAUCUUCGACAACACCAACUUAAAUCGAAGGAAGUACAAAUUAAACUGAGAAUUCAACUAUUCUGGAGUAUCCAAGUUAAACAUGUUAAUGGGCCAAAAUAAGGAGAUCGCCAGACGAUUUUGGUGAAAACAAGGAAGUCGCCAUACGAUCUCGAUCCAAAUUAGGAAGAUCGCCCAACCGACUUCCCAAUUUGAGGAAAAAGAAGCUUUCCUUUUUGAUAAAGGAGAAUGGUGAAAAGAAUGGAAUAUAUAAAAUUUAGGAGGGGUUAUUGGUUUAUAGAUUUAUAAGGAAUUGGAAAUCCAAACAAAAAUAAUUUGUUAUUCAAUCAUUGAUUUUAAAAUUCUAAUUAAAAUCAUGUUAUUGAUUUGAU